AUGCCAACAGAGGUCGUCUCAACCAGGGAUUCCAGGUAUCGCCUCAUUUUUCCAUCUCUUCACACCCUCGAUGGGGUGACUAUUAAAGAAGAUGAGUUUGGUGGCCUCCUUGGAGGUAUCGCUGGCAAUCUGAUUAGGGACAAGGUCGGAGGCAAUGCUGGCAACAUCCUAGGAGGACUUGCUGACAACGUCUUCAAUAAUUCCGGCGGAAACCGCGGAGGCGGUGGAGGUGGUGGCGGUGAUAUCGGGAAUCUGAUUGGUGGCUUCCUAGGCGGUGGAGGAAAUAGCGGAGGCGGUGGCUUCAACUUUAACGACAUUGCCGGCGUCAUCAAUUCGAUUCAAGGCGGCGGUGGCGGCGGCGGCGGAGGAGGAGGAGGAGGAGGAGGAGGUGGAUCUGGCGGACCAGGAAUUGGGAGCCUGAUCGGAUCUCUGAUUGGUGGCGGUGGUGGAAACCGCGGAAACCAGGAUCAAUAUGGCGGCGGAGGUGGCAACAUCAAUCCAAACAAUCUGAAUGGAGGCAUGGUGAACAUCAUUGGAAAUUUGAUCGGCGAAGCGGCUCAUCGCUUCCUCGGGGUUGAACCGGCGACGGGUCGUAUUAUCGGAGCCAUCGCGGGCAACGUUAUCUUCUCCCUUGGUGGCAAAGACAACAACCUGGGCAACAUCGGCAAAGUCAUCCUCGACAAUAUCAUUUCCGGAAAAUUCCGCAGAGAUGUUGAUCCGUUCGUGCGCCCGGAGCCCUCACCAUUCCCAUCCGGUGGAGGUGAUGGAGGUGGUGGUGGCGGACCCGUUCGCCCAGCACAAGGCUUUGAGCCGAUUGACUUCUAUGAUGAGCGUGACAAGUGUCUUCAGUCAAAGAAGCUGUUUGAGGAUCCUCACUUCCCGGCUCAAGACUCGAGCCUUUUCUUCUCGAAGCGCCCACCAAAGCGUAUCCAAUGGCUUCGACCAGGAGAAAUCUGUCAAGAGCCACAGCUUCUCGAUGAGGGUCACUCUCGUUUUGAUGUGAUCCAAGGAGAGCUUGGAGACUGCUGGCUUCUGGCUGCAGCUGCCAACCUCACACUCCGUGAUGAGCUCUUCUACCGUGUCGUCCCUCCAGAUCAGUCGUUCACUGAGAACUAUGCCGGUAUCUUCCACUUCCAAUUCUGGCAGUACGGCAAAUGGGUAGACGUUGUCAUCGAUGAUCGUCUUCCCACCGCUGAUGGUGAGCUGCUCUACAUGCACUCGCGGUCAAAGAGCGAGUUCUGGAGCGCCUUGCUUGAGAAGGCGUACGCCAAGCUUGCCGGCUCAUACGAAGCGCUGAAGGGCGGUACCACCUCAGAAGCCCUGGAAGACAUGACCGGCGGUCUUACCGAGUUUAUUGAUCUUCAGGAUCCGCCUCAGAAUCUGAUGCAGAUGAUGAUGAGGGCUAUGGAGAUGGGCUCGCUGAUGGGCUGCUCCAUUGAGGCUGACCCGAACCAGUGGGAGGCCAAACUUCCCAAUGGGCUCAUCAAGGGUCACGCCUACUCAAUCACGGGCAUUCGCAGCGUUGACGGGCCAGAUGGUCAGGAGUGUAUUCUGCGUGUGCGUAACCCCUGGGGUAAUGAGGCCGAAUGGAACGGACGCUGGUCCGAUAACUCCCGUGAGUGGCGAUCGGUGUCAGAUCAGAUAAAGCAGGAUAUGGGUCUGAAGUUUGACCAUGACGGAGAGUUCUGGAUGUCCUUCAAUGACUUCAUGAAGAACUUUGAAAAGAUGGAAAUCUGUAACCUGGGCCCAGAUGUAAUGGAUGAGGUCUACCACAUGACCGGUGUGCGAGCUGCGGCAAACACGUGGGCUGUAAAUAACCAUGAUGGCGCCUGGAUCCGCAACCAAACGGCUGGUGGAUGCAGGAAUUACAUUAACACCUUCGCCAACAAUCCUCAGUAUUUGAUUGAACUGAAAGACUCCGACCCUGACGACGAUGACGAGCUUUGCACGGUCAUCUUCGCCGUGCUCCAGAAAUACCGAAGGAACCUGAAGGCUGAGGGUUUCGACAACGUGCCGAUUGGUUUUGCCGUAUAUGAUGUUUCGAGCUCUGGAGCGCGUGGAAAGAUGGCAAAGCAGUUCUUCCAAGCUAAUAAAUCAAGUAUGAGGAGCCCAGCUUUCAUCAAUCUGCGUGAGAUGACCGGCCGAUAUCGUGUACCCCCAGGCCAAUACCUCGUCGUGCCAUCCACCUACGAGCCCAAUGAGGAAGCCGAGUUCAUGCUCCGAGUCUACACAAAUGGUUUUAUUGAGAGCAGUGAAUUGGAA